UCACCAGAGCUGCAUGCAUUUGACACUUGAAAGGAGCUAGCUACUGUGCAGCAUGUCUGAGAAGGAGCUGGGGAAAAAGUGGGACCGAUGCCUGGCAGACGGUGCCAUUAAACUCGGCACUGGUCUGGGGUUAGGAAUCGUCUUUUCUGUUCUCUUCUUUAAACGACACACCUGGCCCAUUUCAUUUGGCUCAGGAACAGGACUCGGCAUGGCAUAUGCCAACUGUCAGAAUGACCUGAGGUCAUUUUAUAUGCUGCACAGCAGCGAAAAGGAGCAGUAGCUGUAUGUCAUCGAGGGAUUUUUUUUGUUUGGACCUUAUUGUUUUGUUUGAGAGUCACCAUUUGCACUGUUCUACACUAAGAUCCUUGUCUUUCUGUUGAACGAUCCGUCCCAGUAUGUAUGAUGUGUAUGUGCCUGAUCAGGACAGUCUGAGUAUGUUUAAUAAAAUAAUAAUAACCACAAAAA